AUGAAUGCGAGAGAAUUACUAAAUAAGAAACGAUGGUGGAAAGGACCCGAAUUUCUAUAUAACCCCGAAGCAGAAUGGCUGCAAGAAGUUGAGGUCAAAGAAACCGAGUUUUCGAUAAAUGAGGUCGUGAAGAAUCCUAAAACAGUGACCCAUGCGUUGACAACGCCAAAUCUUUCAACCGAAUCCGUCGAGUUAUUUUUUCACGCCAACAUCGGAGCAAUAAUGGAUUGCAACAAAUACAACUCAAAGACUAAGUUGUUACGAGUUACCGCAUUGAUUCUGCGAGCUGUAAGGAAAAUGAAGCGUAUGGAAAGCACGAUUGAAGGUGAAGAAUUAACCACUGAAAACCUAACAGAGGCUGAUCAGUUAUGGCUGAAAAGCAUCCGGUUAUCAUCAUUUACAGAAGAAUUCCGAAGUCUGAAUUCAAGUCACAAGAAUCCAAACCAACUAAUCAACCAAUUGAAUCUUUUCCUCGAU